AUGCCGUCCGAUGAGGACAGCCCCAAUCCACUGCUUCUCUCGUGGGUCAAGGAGUGGUACGAUGACGCCAGGGAGAAAAACACCAAGGGUGUCACUACAUACAGAAAAGCUUACAACUCAUUGAAAAAAUGUCCAAAGGUCUUUCAACAUCCCUCGGAACUGACCGAGCUGCAAUUCUUUGGACAGACCCUCACCAAGAGACUCACGGACAAGCUCGAAAUCUAUUGCAGAGAAAAUGGUCUGCCAAUGCCGGAACGUCCUUCAAAAUCCAGAAAGCGCAAAGGUAACGGCACAGCGCCAGGGGCAGGAGAAGGAGAAGCUGACGACGACGACGAUGAAGAGGAUGAGCCCGCCCAAGCUCCAAAAAAGCCACGAAAGACUAAACAGUACGUGCCUGCAUUUCGGUCUGGCGCAUAUGCCCUGAUUGUCGCCUUAUCGAAUUUGCCAGAGCAUGGUCCUGAGGGCAUGGCAAAGCUCGAUCUAAUCGACAAGGCUCAACCACACUGCAACUCUUCAUUUACGGCCAGUGAGCCGGGGAGCUUCUACACGGCGUGGAGCUCCAUAAAGACCUUGCUCACGAAAGAGCUUGUUUACGAGCGCGGGAGGCCGACUAAAAGAUACGCGCUGACCGAAGAGGGUCGGGAUGUUGCGAAACGGAUCCAGGAGGCAAAUCAAAACGGCACCAGCAACACAGAGGCAAGGACGAAUGAUUCUGGACACAAUUCGACUGGGUCUCGAUCCCAAGUGCCAUCGCUGCCUUUCGCCGGCGGUUUCGAUGAUGGCCCUAACGAUGUACCCCUGGAGGAGAAGCCAGAUUUUGGCAAUGUGGUUACUGACGGCCCCGUCUUUUCUGACCACUCCUCAUUGCCGAACUUCACCACAAUCAGGCUAAAUCCUGGCUCUUUUAUUGUCCACCUCGUGCUGGAUGUGCGAGAGAUCCGCGCCAAAACAGAUCGAGACUACAUGCAAGAAGAACUAACAAAGAAGGGCAUCAAGCCCAUCAUGCGUAGCCUGGAGCUAGGUGACGCCCAGUGGGUAGCCAAAUGCCACGAUCCGGAGGUGCUGCGCCGGGGCGGCGCCGAGGGCGACGAGGUUGUGCUCGACUACAUUGUGGAGCGGAAGCGCCUGGACGACCUGAUCGGGAGCAUCAAGGACGGCCGGUUCCACGAGCAAAAGUUUCGCCUGAAAAGGUCUGGCGUCCGACACGUCACUUAUCUUGUGGAGGAGAUCUCGCUGGAUCGGGAGCACUUUUCCAAGUACGAGGAUAGCGUGCAGUCCGCAAUUGCGUCGACACAGGUGGUUAAUGGCUUCACCGUGAAGAAGACGCAAAAGAUGGACGACACCAUCCGGUACCUCGCGAGGAUGACGGAGAUGCUGAAGAAGCGAUAUGAGAGCCAGCCUUUGAGGGUGAUUCCCACCAAGGUCAUUACAGCACAGAACUACCUGCCUCUCCUGAAACACCUCCGGGAAACACAGCCCGGGGCAAACCACUACAUCAGCUACCCUGCUUUUGCCUCGUUGGUGUCCAAAUCUGACCUCUUAACCCUGCGGGACCUCUUCCUCAAGAUGCUCAUGUGUACACGAGGGGUCACCGGGGAGAAGGCUUUACAGAUACAAAAGAUUUGGAAGACGCCGAACGAGUUUGUCAAGGCCUUUGAACAAUGCGGUACUGGGGAGGUGGGGAAGAAGAGGAAGCAGGAGCUUGUCUCAGGCAGGCUGGGAAACCAUGCGGUGAGGAGCAAGCAGAUUGGCAAGGCCUUGAGCACCAAACUCGCCGAGGUCUGGGCCGAUAUCUGA